CUCCUCCUCCUCCUCCUCCUCCUCUUCCUCCUCCUCCAGUGCUGAGGAGCCAGAGUCGCCGCCGGGUUGCCAGACGCUGGAAUGGGUGGUCUCCCGACAGACACCACCAUCUUUCUUGCACUCGGGAAGCUCGGGGCUCGGCAGCUCCCAGAAGCUGCGGCUGCGGCUCAGGCGAGGCGGGACUAGGCAGGCCAAGAAGUUGAGCGGUCUGAAGAAUGUUUCCAAAGGGUAAUCUUCUUGUCACUGCCCGGGCAUGGAGGAGCAUGCGGAAGCUGUUUCCAUUACUUUCACUCUUGCUGUCGCAUGCUGCUCAUUUGGAAGGCAAAAAGGAUAAUCAGUUCAUCUGGAAACCAGGUCCCUGGGGAAGGUGCACAGGAGACUGUGGGCCGGGAGGAGUGCAGAGUCGAGCUGUGUGGUGCUUUCACAUUGAGGGUUGGACAAGUCACUUGUCUAACUGUGACGAGAGCAGCAGGCCUCCGAAGGAACGGAGUUGUUUCCGAGUCUGUGAUUGGCACAGUGACUUAUUCCAGUGGGAGCUUUCCGAUUGGCACCACUGUGUGCUCGUCCCCUACCCCCACGGAGAAGGCAAGCCUCGGACUGCGGAGUGCGUGACGGCUCAGCACGGACUACAGCACCGGGCGGUGCGCUGUCUUCAGAAGCUGAACAGAACCAUGGUGGCCAAUGAAAUAUGCGAGCACUUUUCCCCUCUUCCCCCCACGGAACAAGCUUGCCUCAUUCCUUGUCCCCGGGAUUGUGUUGUAUCUGAGUUUUCACCGUGGUCUAAGUGUAGCAAAGGCUGUGGGAAGAAAAUGCAGCACAGAACUCGGACAGCGGUCGCACCCCCUCUCUAUGGGGGUGCGCAGUGUCCAAACCUGACCGAGUCAAGAGCCUGUGAGGUCCCCCUUUCCUGUCCUCUUGGGGAAGAUGAAUAUACUUUUAGCCUUAAGGUUGGACCAUGGAGUAAAUGCAGACUCCCUCAUUUUAAAGAAAUUAACCUCAGUGAAACAACUGUUCUGGAUUUUAGCUCUGAUUCAAAUGAGCAAGCCACCUUUAGACAUCAAAGUCACAAAGCACAACACCGUUCGCAGCCCUGGGGCAUAGAGAUAGGUUACCAAACCCGGCAGGUUUGGUGUACGAGAAGUGAUGGAAAAAAUGCUCUGUUAAGCCUUUGUAUGCAUGACUCCUUCCCACUGACUGUUCAGCCUUGUGUUAUGCCGAAAGACUGUGAGACCUCUGAGUGGUCUUCCUGGAGCCCCUGUUCCAAGACUUGCAGAUCUGGGAGUCUCUCCCCUGGAUUUAGAAGCAGGAGCCGGAAUGUGAAGCACUUCGCCAUUGGUGGCGGGAAGGAAUGCCCAGAACUGCUUGAGAAGGAGGCCUGCAUUGUUGAAGGAGAGCUUCUGCAGCCGUGUCCCAGGUAUUCCUGGAGAACCUCUGAAUGGAAAGAGUGUCAAGUCUCUCUCCUCUUGGAGCAGCAGGACCCCCACUGGCAUGCGACAGGACCUGUUUGCGGCGGUGGGAUCCAGACCCGGGAGGUGUACUGUGCCCAGACUGUACCAGCAGCCACCACACAGAGGGCCAGAGAAGUGUCUAGACCUGUGGAAAAUGCAUUAUGCUUGGGACCUGCCCCUUCGGCCUCUCAGCUCUGCAGUGUCCCUUGCUCCACGGACUGCAUAGUAUCUUCCUGGUCACCCUGGGGCCUGUGCAUCCAUGAAAACUGCCGUGAUCCUCAGGGGAGAAAAGGAUUUAGGAUGCGGCAGCGCCAUGUCCUUAUGGAAUCCACAGGGCCUGAGGGCCACUGCCCUCAUUUGGUGGAAUCUGUUCCUUGUGAGGACCCAGUGUGUUAUCGAUGGUUGGCAUCAGAAGGAAUCUGUAUCCCUGAUCAUGGAAAAUGUGGCAUGGGACAUCGCAUCCUGAAAGCCGUCUGUCAGGAUGAGAAAGGAGAAGAUGUAUCAGGCAGUCUCUGCCCAGUGCCUCCUCCUCCUGAACGGGUUCCUUGUGAAAUUCCCUGCCGAAUGGAUUGUGUGGUGAGCGAGUGGACAUUGUGGUCAUCUUGCUCCCAGUCCUGUUCAAAUAAGAACUCUGACGGGAAACAGACAAGGUCAAGAUAUGUCCUAGCACUGGCUGGAGAAGGUGGAAAACCAUGUCCACCUAGUCAAGCUCUCCAAGAACAUCGUUUAUGCAAUGACCAUUCCUGUAUGCAGCUUUACUGGGAGACAGCACCGUGGGGCCCCUGUUCUGAAAACACGUUGGUAACUGCCCUCAAUGCAACCAUUGGCUGGAAUGGAGAAGCUACCUGUGGUGUAGGCAUUCAGACGCGGAGGGUCUACUGCGUGAAGAGUCACGUGGGACAAGUGAUGACCAGAAGAUGUCCAGAUUCUACUCGGCCUGACACUGUGCGCCCCUGUUUCCUCCCGUGCAAGAAGGACUGUGUGGUGACGGCCUUCAGCGAGUGGACACCCUGCCCCCAGCUGUGUCAGCCAGGAAAUGCCACAAUAAAACAGUCUCGAUACAGGAUUAUCAUCCAAGAAGCAGCUAAUGGAGGCCAAGAAUGUCCAGAUACCUUAUUUGAAGAGAGAGAGUGUGAAGAUGUCUCAUUGUGCCCUAUAUAUCGGUGGAAGCCACAGAAAUGGAAUCCUUGUGUGCUUGUGCCAGAGUCAGUCAGGCAGGGAAUAAUGGGCACCAGCGAGGCAUGUGGAAAGGGGCUGCAAACAAGAGCUGUCUCGUGUGUCUCUGAGGAUAACCAAUCGGCGGAAAUGAUGGAAUGUCUGAAGCAGACGAAUGCCAUGCCUCCCCUCGUGCAAGAAUGUACUGUCCCAUGUCGAGAAGACUGCACCUUCACUCCGUGGUCCAAGUUUACAUCCUGCUCCAAGGACUGUGAAGCCACUCAGAGCAGGCGACGACAGCUCACAGGGAAGAGCAGAAAGAAGGAGAAAUGCCAGGAUGUUGACCUGUACCCACUCGUGCAGAUGGAACCGUGUCCUUGUGAUGUAUUUAUAUCUCAGCCUUCCGGAAACUGGUCAGAUUGCAUUCUUCCGGAAGGCAGAAGAGAGCCUCAGUGGGGACUGCGGGGACAAGGAGACAGCAAAGAAUGCGGAGAAGGCCUACGUUUUCGAGCAAUCGCCUGCUCUGAUAAAAAUGGAAGACCUGUCGACCCCUCCUACUGCAGCAGCUCUGGUUAUAUUCAAGAAGAGUGUGUUGUGCCCUGCCCAUUUGAUUGCAAGUUAAGUGACUGGUCUAGUUGGGGAUCUUGCAGUUCUUCUUGUGGGAUUGGAGUGAGAAUUCGAUCCAAAUGGUUAAAGGAAAAACCUUACAAUGGAGGUCGACCGUGUCCCAAACUGGAUCUCAAGAAUCAGGUGCAUGAAGCUGUGCCGUGUUACAGUGAGUGCAAUCAGUACUCCUGGGUUGUGGAACACUGGUCUCCAUGCAAAAUCAACAAUGAGCUGAGGUCUCCACGCUGUGGAAGAGGAACACAGACUAGGAAAAUCAGAUGUGUGAAUACUGCUGACAAUGAAGGGGAAGCAGUGGAUCAAAACCUGUGCAACCAGGAAGAAGCACCCCCAGAAACCCAGUCCUGUUCUCUCCUAUGUCCCAGUGAAUGUGUCAUGUCUGAGUGGGGAACGUGGAGCCAAUGUCCACAGUCGUGUGACCCCCACACAAUGCAGAGAAGAACUCGCUGUCUGCUGCGGCCCUCCCUGAGCUCAAGGACUUGUGCGGAAGAUUCACAGGCACGGCCCUGCCUUCUUAAUGAAAACUGCUUCCAGUUCCAGUAUAAUCUAACAGAGUGGAGCACAUGCCAGCUGAGUGAAAACACGUCCUGCGGUCAAGGGGUCAGGACCCGCCUGCUGAGCUGCGUGCGCAGCGAUGGCAAGCCAGUCAGCAUGGACCAGUGCGAGCAGCACAAUUUGGAGAAGCCCCAGAGAAUGAGCAUUCCCUGCCUGGUAGAAUGUGUGGUCAACUGUCAGCUUUCGGGGUGGACGGCAUGGACAGCGUGUUCCCAGACCUGUGGCCAAGGAGGUCGAAGGAGCCGGACUCGAUUUAUCAUUAUGCCAACCCAGGGAGAAGGACGGCCAUGCCCCACCGAGCUUAUCCAGCAGAAACCCUGCCCAGUGAGCCCCUGCUACAGCUGGGUCAUUGGCAACUGGUCUGCAUGUAAAUUGGAGGGUGGGGACUGUGGGGAAGGAGUCCAGGUACGCAGCCUUUCUUGCGUGGUGCACGGUGGUUCACUGUCCCACACAGCUGUCCGUGUGGAAGAUGCAUUGUGUGGAGAGAUACCCUUUCCAGCCAGCGUCUUGAAGCAGCUCUGCUCUGUGCCUUGCCCAGGAGACUGCCAUUUAACUGCAUGGUCAGAGUGGAGUGCGUGUGAAUUGACCUGCAUUGAUGGAAGAAGCUUCGAGACUACCGGUCGUCAAUCUAGGUCAAGAACAUUUAUAAUUCAGUCUUUUGAGAACCGAGACAGCUGCCCACAACAAGUUCUAGAAACACGCCCUUGUACAGGAGGCAAAUGUUAUCAGUACAUAUGGAAAGCAAGCCUUUGGAACAAUAAUGAACGAACUGUCUGGUGCCAGCGUUCAGAUGGCAUUAAUGUCACAGGAGGCUGCUCCCCUCAGGCCCGCCCUGCUGCUAUUCGGCAGUGUAUUCCAGCCUGCAGAAAACCUUUCUCCUACUGCACACAGGGUGGAGUCUGUGGUUGUGAGAAAGGCUACACAGAGAUAAUGAGAUCAAAUGGCUUCCUGGAUUACUGUAUGAAAGUUCCAGGCUCAGAGGACAAAAAAGCUGAUGUGAAAAACCUUUCUGGGAAAAACAGACCUGUGAAUUCAAAAAUACGUGAUAUUUUUAAAGGAUGGUCUCUUCAACUACUCGAUCCAGAUGGCCGAGUAAAAAUUUGGGUUUAUGGCGUUUCAGGUGGCGGUUUUCUUAUCAUGAUUUUCCUAGUAUUUACUUCCUACCUUAUUUGCAAGAAGCCAAAACCACAUCAAAGCACACCUCCCCAUCAGAAGCCUCUAACCUUAGCCUACGAUGGAGACUUAGACAUGUAACCUGAAAAAGAAAUCCAAAUGUAGACAUCAACUGCCUUAACCACUUUCUCUUUUGUAGCUCUCAGACUUCUCAGUUUUUUGAGGAAUCUCAUGAUGUGAUAUAUUGGGCAGAAUACAGAUAUUGCAAAAGUAAUAUUGCCUCAACUUCAUUUGGACAUGGAGUCAAGGAUUAUUAGGUCUGCCGUUUGUUUUUGAGUUGUUGUGGGUAUGAGUAUUUUACUUUUUGGUUUUCCCAAGAGACAUGAAAAUGCUUCUCUUCCUGUUUGGAAAUGGGAAGAGCAAAACCUGAUGAAAUUCUCACAGACUGGAGUAAACUUCAUCUUCAGCAGCAUAAUGACAAUCCGGAGGAGAGUUCAGUCGUGACAUUCACUGUAAAUGACAAGUCUGACACCGCAGUGUUACGCACUAUAUUAGUGCAAAGUCUUUAUUCUUCCCAUACUUCAACAUGAGUUUUCUAGAGUUUACAUUGGUUCAAGGAGUUUCAAAUUGGAUUGCCUGUUUUCAUGAUCACAGAGAGAAUGGGCUGCCAUUUCAGAAAUUCUCUGAGUUUUUACCUUUAAAUAUUGUAUUUUGUUUUGUAGCCAGGGGAUGGUGGCACUCCACGGGUUGCAUCUAUUGAAAAUAAUAGAGUGUGAGCAGUGUCGGAACUAGAUGAAAGCUAGGUGGUUUCUGAAUGAAAUGUGUACUGAAUGUCAGCGUGUACAAAUGAAAGGUGGUGGCUAUACUGGAGAGUGAGGUAGAUUAUUUGAGUACUAUGACUGUAUUUUAACAGAAACUAGCUGUGUAGAUAAGGCAUCAACCACACACAGUUGUAAUUCAGUUUGAUGAUGAUAAAUUCUGCUUUUGUAAUUUGAAUUUUCUUAUCUGAAUAUUUAUAAAUUCUUUUUUUGAAUUUAAUUAUCUGACCUCAUUUAAUAUACAUUGAACACCAAUGCUGUUUGUAGAAAGUCUUGCUUUUAUAAGGUUUCAAUAAUAUGUAAAACAGCACAUUAAAAAUCUGAAACCAUUUUAUGAAGAUAAUUGUUUGUAAUCAUAGAUGUUGAAAGUCAGAAGGUGCCAUCUCGUGGUAUUGACCUGUAUUUAUAACAAAUAAAGUGCUCCAGAGACUGAAA